GAGGAGAGUGGGGCUGAAGGGUAGAAAUUUACCGGGAAAUGAUUGCAUUUGGGAGCUGUCUUUUUUGUGAUGGUCCCCAUGGUGACAAUUUGUGACGGCAAAGAAUGUGGGAACGGGGCGCCGCCGCCUGAUUGGGAUGCUUUGUAUCUGGAGAGGCGCUCCUGAUUGGCCUGAGGGGCCCCCCAGCUCCGGGGAGUUGUCCUCCAUUCAGCCCACUCAAGGGCUGCACAACUGCUCCAGCCGGACGGAGCUCGGCCGGCUGUGCCGGGGCCUGUCCCAGGUCAGUUCGGUGUCCUUCCCUGGAGCUGCCAGCCACCAGCAGAGCCCACCCUCUUCAUGGAAAGCUUCGUGCAGUGGCCCCCUGGUGAUGGCAUCUGACAGUGAUGUGAAGAUGCUGCUGAACUUCGUGAACCUGGCGUCCAGUGACAUCAAGGCCGCCCUGGACAAGUCUGCGCCCUGCCGACGCUCCGUGGACCAUCGCAAGUACCUGCAGAAGCAGCUCAAACGCUUCUCCCAGAAGUAUUCCCGGCUCCCGCGGGGCCUUCCGGGCAGGGCCGCAGAGCCCUACCUGAAAAGGGGGCCUGAGGACCGGCCCGGGAGGCUGCUUCUCGAUUUGGGCCCUGAUUCCAGCCCCAGCGGGGGUGGGGGCUGCAAGGAGAAGGUGCUGAGGAACCCCUGCAGGGAGGAAUGUCUUGCUAAGGAGCAGCUCCCCCAGGGGCAGCAUCCAGAAGCUGCCCAGCCUGGCCAGGUGCCCAUGAGGAAAAGACAGCUGCCUGCCUCCUUCUGGGAAGAGCCGAGGCCCACCCACAGCUACCACGUGGGGCUGCAGGGAGGACUGGGCCCCAGGGAGGGUCCUCCCUAUGAGGGUAAGAAAAAUUGCAAGGGCUUGGAGCCCCUGGGGCCUGAGACUGCCUCAGUGCCCAUGUCUCCAAGCGCCCUGGUUGAAAAGGAGUCACUCAAGAUGCCAGGGGUCUCCCUGGUGGGCCGUGUCAAUGCCUGGAGCUGCUGCCCCUUCCAGUACCAUGGACAGCCCAUCUACCCGGGCCCUCUGGGGGCCCUGCCUCAGAGUCCUGUCCCCAGCCUGGGCCUGUGGAGGAAGAGCCCAGCCUUUCCCGGGGAGCUGGCGCACCUCUGCAAGGAUGCGGACGGCCUGGGGCAGAAGGUGUGCAGGCCUAUGGUGCUGAAACCCAUCCCCACCAAGCCGGCCGUGCCCCCACCCAUCUUUAACGUCUUUGGCUACCUCUAGGUGAGCUGAGAGGGCCUCAGCCUCCACCUCUGGCCUGCAGGAGUGUGGAGGUCCCCAAGGCACUCUCCUCUGAGAAGGUGGCUGGGCCACGGUGUGACCUCUUCCUUUUGUGUGUGUGUGUGGGAGGAUUGGGGCGGGGCUCCUCAGGCAGUCACCUUUCGGCCUUGCAGCCUUGGAAGCUGUGGGGCUGGGCCUGGUUGGCCCCUCCCCAAGCAGGCCAGGGCCUAGCAGCUUGCCCCGCUGUCCCUGUGCUGACCAUGGGUGGGGGGAUGGUGCCCUUCGUUUCUGCCACCCCAGAAGCCAGAGUUACACAUCUGUUCACCUGCCACCCACUGUGUGAGCCAAUCUCAGUUGUUGUUGUUCUUGUUCUUUGUAAAUAUUGAGAAAGUUGAAAGAAUAAAGACAUUUCUUUUGGAGUUUCCA